AUGACAAGGAAAUAUAUAAUUUUUGAUGAGAACGCACCAACAAUACCAAAUACCGACCAUCAUCCCAAAACUCCUAACUGUGAAUUCUGGAUGCACGUUGCCAGAGAUCAAACCAAUGGUCAGCUAGGACCGAUAAUUCGUAUAAAUCACGGACAGCUCGAAGGAAAAAGGACAGAGAUUUUAGGCAAAAUGGUGGACCAUUUCCUUGGGAUUCCAUUCGCCGAACCCCCGGUGGGAGAUAUGAGAUUUCGGCCGCCGACACCGCUAGUUAGUGGUUGGGACAGUACGCGUGAUGCCACUAAAUUCGGCGAGGGGUGCUGGCAAAUGGACGAUUUGAUGUUCGGUGAUGAAUUCCGUGGGAGCAAUAUGUGGAAUGCCAAUGUACCUGUGAGUGAAGAUUGUCUUUUUCUUAAUGUGUGGACACCAUACCCACGACCUUUGCGGACUGCUGUAAUGGUGUGGAUCUAUGGCGGUGCGUUUGUUUCUGGGACGGCCUCGCUUGAUGUUUAUAAUGGCCAGGCACUCGCAGCAAUGGAAAACGUCGUCGUUGUCUCUAUGAACUAUCGCGUCGGUGCACUUGGAUUCCUGUCCUUAAUGGACCCCGAGAUCCCGGGAAAUAUGGGAUUUAUGGACCAGGCAUUAUCACUGCAGUGGGUGAGAGACAACAUAGAGGCAUUUGGCGGAGAUCCGUACCAAGUGACGAUAUUCGGCGAAAGUGCCGGCGGAGUCAGUGUCGGCAUGCACCUCAUGUCGCCGAUGAGUCAACAUUUGUUCCAACGUGCAAUACUACAAAGCGGGACCCCCCUUUCACCAUGGGCAACCCUUACUGAGAUUGAGGCGAUCGACAGGGCAAAAGAGUUCGCUAACAAUUUGGGAUGCCAGUACGACGAAGACCAGUUUAGUGCUUCUGAACUAACUGCUUGUUUCCUCCAAAAAGACGCAGAAGAAAUCUACAACGCCCAAUGGGUGGGCAAUAGCCUUAUUGGUAUGCCCUUUAUGACUGUUGUAGAUGGGGUAUUUUUAACACAAACUCCACAAAAUCUGAUGAAAGAUGGUCUAUUUAAAAAUGUUCCGAUUUUACUGGGUUCAAAUAAAGACGAGGGAACUUGGUUUCUACCGUAUCAUUUCUACGAUCUGUUUUCGCUCGACGACCCAGCGCCUUUGGACAAAACAACGUUUCAACGAAUUAUUAAAGAACUCUACAUCUCAGCAAAAGCUCUAACUAGAAAAUCCAUAGCAUUUGAAUAUACCGACUGGUACGACCCCGACAACGCGGAUCACGUGCUCAAAAACAUCGCUAAUAUGCUAGGUGAUUCGGAAAUCACAUGUCCUACAGUUGAGUUCGCGAAACUCUACGCGGGUAAUGACAUCCCGGUGUUUUUAUACCACUUUACGCACCGGUCGACAAAUAACCCUUGGCCAGAAUGGUACGGUUGUCUCCAUGGUGAUGAAAUCGCCUAUGUGUUCGGACUUCCGCGCACUACAGAAGACGAGUAUCACUGGAAGGAAGAAGUGCUAAGUCGAAGAAUUAUGAAACAUUGGACCAACUUUGCCAAAACUGGUGAUCCGAACAAAGAAAUGGUGGAUGAUGAAGUGGCUACAAUAUGGCCUCCCUAUACACUAGAAGACCAAGAAUAUAUUCUCCUGAAUGUAGAUACGAAUUUUGUACCAGAGGCAAGAAGUAGGUUACGGGGUCCAUACUGUGAAUUCUGGAAAGAAAUGGUACCUUCAAUUCAAACUUUGCCAGAUAUCCCAACGUGUUCAGCGUGGUCUCUUCACUUCUCCUUCAUCGUAAGUCAAGUUAGCUUCACCCUGACACUAAUUCUGAGUAGAUGAAGACGUGAAUAAAAUUUUAUCGAUACUCUCAGUUAUCUUGGUAAAUUACAAUCAGAGGAAAAGUACCACAGCAUUCGUAUUUUAUGAUGCGUGUGCGUCGGUCCGGAGCUUGUUACAGACCCCGUGACACAUGCCUU